GACACUCUUCAAUUCAUUCCCCCGUUCACAUCACCACCCAACCCCUUCCCUCUCAUCAGCUCCCGGGACAGGUCGAGGGCUGUUUGCUCAUCUUCUUUCCCAUUGGAUUUUGAUUCUUUUCUCCCCUGGCCAUUAUGGCCGAAUCACCCCUCGAUGUCCUCUUGAAGGGUAACUCCGGCAGAACAACACGCGGCCUUCUGCGGAUUAUCAUUCUAGCUACCAUUGCCGCCGCUGCUGUGUCCAGUCGUCUGUUCAGUGUUAUCCGAUUCGAGAGUAUUAUUCACGAGUUCGACCCCUGGUUCAACUUCCGCGCAACAAAAUACCUGGUCUCCCAUGGCUUUGAGAGCUUCUGGGACUGGUUCGACGACCGAACAUGGCACCCCCUGGGACGUGUCACUGGUGGCACGCUAUACCCCGGUCUGAUGGUGACCAGCGGUGUUAUCUACCACGUCUUGCGUUUCCUCACCAUCCCUGUCGAUAUCCGUAACAUCUGUGUCUUGCUUGCCCCGGCCUUCUCCGGUCUGACUGCGCUGGCAAUGUACUUCCUGACUCGCGAGAUGGCGACAUCCCCCUCCGCUGGUCUUCUUGCGGCUGCUUUCAUGGGUAUCGUCCCCGGAUACAUCUCUCGUUCCGUCGCGGGCAGCUACGAUAACGAGGCCAUUGCUAUUUUCCUGCUGGUGUUCACCUUCUUCCUGUGGAUCAAGGCUGUCAAGAACGGCUCCAUCAUGUGGAGUUCUCUGGCAGCUUUGUUCUACGGCUACAUGGUGUCUGCCUGGGGUGGUUAUGUCUUCAUCACUAACUUGAUCCCUCUGCACGUUUUCGUUCUUCUGUGUAUGGGCAGAUACAGCUCCCGUAUCUAUAUCAGCUACACCACCUGGUAUGCUCUGGGAACUCUGGCCAGUAUGCAGAUUCCUUUCGUCGGAUUCCUGCCGAUUCGCAACAGUGACCACAUGUCCGCACUUGGUGUCUUUGGCCUCAUUCAGCUCGUGGCCUUUGCUGACUUCGUCCGUGGUUUCAUCCCGGGCAAGCACUUCCAGAGACUUCUGACUACCAUGAUCAUCGUUGUCUUCGGAAUCGCUUUCGUCGGACUUGUCGUCCUCACCGUGUCCGGAGUGAUUGCCCCUUGGAGCGGUCGUUUCUACUCUCUGUGGGAUACCGGCUAUGCCAAGAUCCACAUCCCUAUCAUUGCCUCUGUCUCCGAGCACCAGCCCACCGCUUGGCCCGCCUUCUUCUUUGAUCUGAACUUCUUGAUCUGGCUCUUCCCUGCUGGUGUCUACAUGUGCUUCCGCGAUCUCAAGGAUGAGCACGUCUUUGUCAUCAUCUACUCGGUGCUUGCCAGUUACUUCGCCGGUGUCAUGGUUCGUCUGAUGUUGACCCUGACCCCUAUUGUUUGUGUUGCGGCUGCUCUGGCCCUCUCCACCAUUCUCGACACGUACGUGUUCGCGAAGAACGGCCCCAACCCCCGCGCCAAGGCGAACGAGGACAACUCGGACGGUCUUCGUUCCACCAGGAAGCCCGAUGUCGGGGUCACGUCCUACCUGUCCAAGGCUGUGAUGACCUCCUCCGUUGUCAUCUAUCUGCUUCUCUUCGUUGCGCACUGCACCUGGGUCACCUCCAACGCCUACUCCUCCCCGUCUGUGGUUCUCGCGAGCCGCUUGCCUGAUGGAAGCCAGCACAUCAUCGAUGAUUACCGUGAGGCGUACUACUGGCUCCGCCAGAACACUGAGCACAACGCCAAGAUCAUGUCCUGGUGGGAUUACGGCUACCAGAUCGGUGGUAUGGCGGACCGCCCUACCCUGGUUGACAACAACACGUGGAACAACACCCACAUUGCCACUGUUGGUAAGGCGAUGAGCUCCCGUGAGGAGGUCAGUUACCCCAUCCUCCGUCAGCACGAUGUUGAUUACGUGCUGGUGGUGUUUGGUGGAUUGCUGGGCUACUCCGGUGACGACAUCAACAAGUUCCUGUGGAUGGUCCGUAUCGCCGAGGGUAUCUGGCCCGACGAGGUCAAGGAGCGUGACUUCUUCACUGCCCGCGGUGAGUACCGGGUGGAUGACGGUGCCACCCCCACCAUGCGUAACAGCUUGAUGUACAAAAUGUCCUACUACAACUUCAACUCCUUGUUCGGUCCCGGCCAGGCCGUUGACCGCGUGCGUGGAUCUCGACUCCCCGCGGAAGGCCCUCAGCUGAACACGCUCGAGGAGGCGUUCACCAGUGAGAACUGGAUCAUCCGUAUCUACAAGGUCAAGGAUCUCGACAACCUCGGCCGUGACCACAACAACGCAGUGGCCUUUGACAAGGGCCACAAGCGCAAGCGCGCCACCAAGCGCAAGGGCCCUCGUGUCCUGCGGACCGAGUAAAGGGCCUGGUGUCGUUGAUAGAUACCAGGUUGGGUGUAAAAUCGAUCCCUUCUUCAUUUCUUAGCAUGUCAUUUUCAAUUCCAUGUUCUUGUACGUGUCACAUCACCAUAUAGGCGGAAUCAUAGAAGUUGUGCAUUUGGUUAGAAGCGUAGACUAUACUUCUUUCUAUCCCUAAGCAACCAAGCUGAACCUUGGCAGAAUGAUCAUGACAUAUUGAACACGAAUAUCCU